AUGAACAUCUUUUUUGGAUUUAUUUGUAUAUUAUUCUUGGGUUUUAAUAGUGUUUCAUCUUCAAGAGUGUUAGAGUUAAGUGAUAAGUUUAUUGACAUCAGCAAGGAUGGAGUUUGGUUUGUUAAGUUUUAUGCUCCAUGGUGUGCUCACUGUCGAAGAAUUGAACCGAUUUGGGCGCAUGUAGCACAGGCUUUAUACAAUACCCCUAUAAAAGUCGCUAAAGUCGACUGCACUCGGUUUAGUGCUGUUGCUACUCACUUUAAAGUGAGAGCCUUUCCAACCAUCAUGUUUAUAAAGGGACCUUUCUGGCAUGAAUAUUCUGGGGAAAGAGAAAAAGAAGAAAUGGUGAAUUAUGCCAUGAGGAUGGCGCAGCCAGCCGUUCAAGUUGUAUCUCAUACUGAAAGCUUUGCUUAUUUAAAAGAUUCACACAAUGUUUUCUUUGGAUAUAUUGGAAAACAGCAAGGACCACUAUGGGAAAUGUUUAUGACCAAUGCUGAGAAGUAUCAAGCACACAGUUGGUUUUAUGCCAUGUCUCAUGAAGUAGUUAAAAAUGAUCUGAAGCCACCAAAUGAUACUGCUGUUUUUGUCCACAAAGACAACGACAUAAUAUAUUUUACAGCCACACCAGAAAUAAUUCAAGAUAGGGAGACAUUGAAUGAUACUCUCAAAAGAUGGGUAAAUUCAGAGAGAUUUGGCUUUUUCCCAAAGAUAUCAAGAUCUAAUAUAAAUGAUUUAUUGGAUACUAAAAAAUAUAUUGUAAUAGCUGUUGUAUCAGAAAAUAAAUUAAAUGAAAUCACACAAACCGAACGAGACUUCAAGGAUAUGGUUGAAAGCAUUAUAAGAUCAAAGAAACAUGAGUUGCAUCAUCACUUCCAGUUUGGUUGGAUGGGAAAUCCGGAAUUAGCCAAUUCAAUAGCAAUGUCAGAAUUGGCGGUUCCAUAUUUGAUAGUACUCAACUCUACAACCAACCACCACCACAUUCCUGACGAUGACCCGGUCCUAAUGACUCCCGAAGCUGUUAUUUUGUUUCUCGAACAGAUACAUGAACAAACUGCACCUACUUAUGGCGGAAAUGGUUGGAUGGUGCGGUUCUACAGAGGAUUCUUUGAAGCCAGAACAACAUUGAUAAAUAUGUGGAGAGGGAACCCAGUCCUCACCGCUCUUGUUUUUGGACUACCGCUUGGAUUUCUUUCCCUCAUUUGUUAUUCCAUUUGCUGUGCUGAUAUUUUGGAUGCUGAUGAAGAGGAAAUUACUGAUACCCAUGAAAAGAAAGAUUAA